GAACAGAGGUAGAGAGAUUCACACAGCAUAGCCAUCACUGGGUAGACAGCAUCCUUCCGAAACGCACUCACGAGCAAACAAAAAAGAGGCUAAACACAUCAGAAUCCUUUCAGACGACAACAGAACACAAGUCCUUCAGCAGAGAUGGGGCCCGGAUUGUUCUGGAUCUUCCCAUCCAAGACUAGCUGCAUGGUUCCACAGAGCCUGCUGCAGACAAUGUUGCUCUCCAGGAUGGCUGGCAUAAAGGAUCAGCAGUUCACUGAAGAGAAACCACUACUGCCAGAAUCCAGGGGACAGGAAACGGAGAUGGCUAAAGGACAGUGUGUGCACGCGCUGCCCUGUGCUACGCCCUCCCCCCCUACGGCUCGCCCCCCAAAACGCUGGCAUGCCAUCGCCCGACACUGGCUCGGCCUGACGCGCCGUCGGACCAGCGGGUACUUCCCGGAAAACUGUGAGACCUUUGUGGCUGAGGGAGAUUGGAAGGAACAUGACAUUGAAACCCCUUAUGGGAUGUUGCACGUAGUGAUCCGUGGGGCUCCCAAGGGCAACAAGCCAGCUAUCCUGACCUACCAUGAUGUUGGGCUCAACCACAAGCUGUGCUUCAACACGUUCUUCCACAAUGAAGACAUGCAGGAGAUCACUAAACAUUUUGUGGUGUGCCACGUAGAUGCCCCAGGCCAGCACAUUGGUGCCCCCCAGAUGCCUCAAGGAUAUCAGUAUCCAACCAUGGAUCAGUUAGCUGGGAUGCUUCCUAGUGUGGUGCAACACUUUGGCUUCAAGAGCAUUGUUGGAAUUGGAGUCGGGGCUGGUGCCUACAUCCUCGCCAAAUUUGCGCUGAUUUUCCCUGAUCUUGUGGAGGGUCUGGUUCUACUCAACAUUGAUCCCAAUGGGAAGGGAUGGAUCGACUGGGCCACAACAAAAUUGUCAGGACUCACCAGUGCUUUACCAGACACUGUCCUGGCCCAUCUCUUCAGCCAGGAAGAGCUUAUGAGCAACACAGAAGUGGUUCAGACUUACCGUCAACAGAUCAACAACACCAUCAACCAGUUCAACCUACAGCUCUUCUGGAACAUGUAUAACAGCCGCAGGGAUUUGGAAAUGAACCGCAGUGGAUCUGUGCUAAAUGCUAAGACCCUGAGGUGCCCGGUCAUGCUGGUCGUUGGAGACAAUGCUCCGGCCGAGGAAGGCGUGGUUGAGUGCAACUCUAAACUGGAUCCAACCAACACCACAUUCCUAAAGAUGGCUGAUUCAGGUGGAAUGCCUCAAAUUACACAGCCUGGAAAACUCUCAGAGGCUUUCAAAUACUUCUUGCAGGGAAUGGGUUACAUUGCUUAUAUGAAGGAUCGGAGAAUGAGUGGGGGGCCAGUGCCCUCGGCUAGUAUGACUCGUCUUGCUCGCUCGCGAACGGCCUCUCUGACCAGCGCCGGCUCCGUGGAUGGUUCUCGCAGCCGCGCAUGCACGCACUCCGAUAGCAGUGAGGGCGGCGGGCAGGUCAGCCACACCAUGGAAGUGUCCUGCUGAACCCUUGUGCACUGUCUCACAUGCAAACAUUUAGAGAGACGUGGCAUGAAAGGAGGGCGUGAGAAGAAUGGAGGUCUCAUAUUGCUUUCAUUAUUUCUUUCCUAGCCAUUUUCUAUGUCCUUUUCUCUCCGUUUUUUCAUUGUUAGCCAUCUUAAAGGAACAGUUGACUCAAAAA